AUGGUAUUGCAUCUUCUCGGCAAGAAGUCAUGGAACGUCUACAACAGAGAUAACAUCGCCCGCGUCCGGCGCGAUGAAGCCGAAGCGAAAGCGCGUGAGGAAGAAGAUCGACGGCACUUACAGCAAGUCGAUGCCGGAAAACGUUUAGAAAUCUUGCGAGGACUCCGCUCCCCGUCGAAAUCCCCUCCGCCACCUGACCCCGAAGAGUCACCAGCCAACAAACGAAGAGAUCAGGAACGAGAACGAGGGCCUCCUCACCGGAAACGACGGCGUAUAGCUGGCGAAAACGAUACAGAUCGCGAUAUCCGAUUUGCUAGAGAAGAUGCGCAACGCGCGGAAGCAAGGCGUGAAAAGGAUGUCGUCGUCGUCGGCAAACUGCCCAAGGAUGAUGCGCCCCUGAUGGAUGAUUCAGGCCAUAUCAGCCUAUUCCCUGAGCCUGCAGCGGUAGAUUCUGUUAUUAACGAGUUGAGGAAAAAUCAAGAGGCGGAGGCUGAGGCUACGAGAAAGAAGCGCGAAUAUGAAGACCAGUAUACCAUGCGCUUCUCGAAUGCGGCUGGGUUCAAGACGAGUUUAGAUAAGGGGCCUUGGUAUUCGUCGUCGACCACUGACAUAGCGGCUCAGACUGUUGAAGAUAUGUUGCCAAAUAAAGAUGUGUGGGGAAAUGAAGAUCCGCGGAGGCAGGAGAGGGAGAGAGCGAGGAUUAGUAUGAGUGACCCUUUGAUGGCGAUGAAAAGGGGCGUUCGUCAGUUGCGUGAUGUGGAGAGAGAGCGGAACAAGUGGGCGGAGGAGAAGAAAAGGGAGUUGAAGGUUUUCAAGGAGGAGAGGAGGGAGAGAAGGGAUUCAAGCCGACAUCAUCGAGAAAGGCGAAGAAGGCGGGGAUUGAAUGCUUCACACAAUAGUCUGGACGGUUUUAGUUUGGAUGCGGGGACACAGCCUGUAGAAAACAGCCGCGAUCGUAACCGCGAGCGCUCAAGGAAACACCGUCGGGAAGUGAGGGAGCGGAGUCAGGAACGUUCCUCAAACCAUAUGAGGUCCUAUGUCGAUAGCCAGUCUCAUAAAAGCUCCAAAAAACGCGAAAAAGACUGGUCCAAGCGUCCUUCCACUGACAAAUGA